AUGGUGGAUGAUAAAUACGUACAAAUGUUACUAUCCAAAUAUGUGGAAGCAAAAAAUAGGGAAGACAAAAAAUGUGAAGCCUGGGAAGAAAAGGGAAAAACAAACAAGUACAUUCUACACCUGCAGAAGCUGUACAAAGAGUUCAAGUUGGAGGAAUGCUUAAAUUACGGAUUAGAAAAUAUGGAAAAAUUAGAAGAAAAAGAUUAUGUAGGAAAAAUUGAAUUCUUAAAGAUAAUAGGAAAUGUUUAUUUUCAAUUAGAAAAUUAUAAGUACAGCUCCCUUACGUAUAUUUUGAUGUCCAAAUAUUUGAACAAAGUCUCCGAUGGGUAUAAGGUAGAAAUCUGUUACAAUGCUGGGGUUUCGUUUAUAAGAUAUUUCUUGCAGAGCAAUGACAUCAGUUACUACUUGAGUGCCAAAACGUCAUUUCAUUGUUCGAUGCUGUAUAAUGAAAAAGGCAGUAGAUACUUCAAUCCAAUGAUUUAUGAAAAUACUGUGGGCAUACUCAGGCGACAUUUCCCCUUAGGCGUGAAGGAACAGACGAAGAAGGUAGACGAGCAGAAUAGGCUUUUUUCUAAUUCCUCAUUUGAGAAUAUUUUUUUGGACAGCGAUACCGAUUUGGCAUCUUCGUCCGAUGCGAAGAGUGAAGCAUCGGGGCGAGAAGCGAAGGACUUCCAAGGGGAAGACUCCAAGACGAAGGAGUUCUUUUCCCUUGUGGAAUCGAAAGUGUGCACACUUAAAAGGGAAAAGCACAAGGUGGAUGGUGGUGCCAAAGGGGGGAAAGGCAAAAACCAGAAGGGUGAAGAGGACGUCUAUUUUGACUCGAACAACACAGAGACGUUUCCUAUUUAUGACGACACUGUUGAUAUGCGAAAUUUCGUCUUAAGGAAAAGUGACGCCUUGGCGAAGCUGCAGGGAGAAGCCGCUUUGCUUGAUGAGAAAAAAAUGGCAACUAUGCCUCAGAAGAAAAACGUCGCUCUGCCUGAGGAGAAAAGGACGCCCACUGGGAGAAGCACCCCCAACAUUCAGCUGAAAGAAGAUAGACAAAGCAAAAAAGUUCUAUCGGACCAUAACUUGGUGAACGUAUCAAAUGAGAGAAGCAACCAGACCAGCAAUUAUUGCAACAAUUUGAAGAACAUAUUAUUUAAAAAUCGCGUAAACAGCUCCUUAAAAAAUUUUCCCUCCCCAAUUGUUAAAAGCAAAUCCAGCAGUUUAUUAAAAAGCACCUCGGGUAGUAUCUUAAAGAGUUCUUCCCACAACAUUUUGAAAAAAUGGCCUGGCAGCAUCAUUAGCAGUUCUCCCGUGAAUUCCAUCUCUCAACCUACGAGGGAUAUUCCGAGGAGUUCCUCUAGCAAUUUUUUUAACAACACCACGAGAGGAAACGCUUUUUUUGGUUUGCCAAAGAGCAUGAUGAGAUGCAACGAAGACAACAUAAUGAGAAGUAUCGUAGGAAACAUAGUAAGAAGUAGCGAAGACAACAUACUAAGAAGCAGCCAAGGCAACUUUGUGAACAACGCCUCCCCCCAAUUUUUGAACAAACAUUCGUCCUGCAAUUUCCCCCCCAACACGCCCCGCUUCUUACCAUGCCAUUCUAUCCACAUCGCUGCGAUGAACUCGCCCAUCAGUUUUUCGAAUAACCAGCGGAUCGUCCUGAAGAACAACACCUCUCCAAUUUUUGCAAACAGUUUCGUCUGCAAGCGAAUGUCGCAACAGAAGAGCAUCCUAAAAUGUAUGCGAAGGAGUACAGAUGAAAGGAUCGAUCAGGAAAGUCCCAAGACGUUAUCUAAUUCGAACGAGUGUAGAGGUGUUAACCUUAUGCCACCAAAUGAAAAUGAUUUAUUGCAACAUAAAAGGAGAAAGAUUAAUGAGGAGAAUCCUCUUUCUGGUUCUUGUGAAAAUGGUGUUGGAGUCGGCAGCGAUAUUUUUCUCCGGGCGAAGGAUAAUAAAAUGUGCACUUUUGAUUACUGCAAUGUUGAAGAGAGGGAAGGCAUAAGUGACAACGUCGGAUGUGGUGCAAAGGGGGGUGUACUGCUGGACAAAGCGAAGCCUGGCAACAUAAGGGAGGAAGCGCAGAAGGGGAAGUUGCAUAGGGGUAGGACGAGAGGGGUUAAAGCGGUGAAGGACGCAAUGGAAAAAGGAGAAGUGGAAGAGGGGCAGAUCCAAGGUGUCACGGUCACACGGGAGAAGCCGAGAAGGGAGAAUAUCAAAGGGGGCAAGACCAAAAGGGAUAAGGCCAAAAGCGUCAACCAAAAAAGGGAUAAAGACAAAAAAACCAAAGCACGGAAGGCCAAAGAACGGAGAGCCAAAGCAAGAAGACUCAGUGCCCUCUUCGAUAAACUCUUUUCAAAUGAAUACCUCAAUGGAUCCGUUCUUAACAAGGUAAAGAGUGCAUGCAAAGAGUACCAGUCCCGUUUGAUAAGGGAAUACUAUCACAUUUACCACUUGAAAAACAAGAAAAAAAAAGUGAAACAAAUUAUAAAAAGAAAAAGAAUUGCUGAUUUGUUUCAUGAUUUAUAUGAAAUAUGUAAAAAAAACAAGCACGAUUUUUUGAUGAAAUUUGUUGAUCAAGACACGCGUAGUAAGGGGGCGUCCAACGCACGUGCAUCUCGACAGGGAGGAGUGAGGAAGCGAAUGCUCACGAAUGAUAAGGGGACUCCCACUCGGGAAGAGACAGAAUGCUGCACGAGGGGAAUUCGCCCCCAUGAGGAUAACUCAAAUUUGAAGAUGUUGGAUAAAGGGAAAGUAAGUAGAGAAGGCUCCAGGAAAGGCAGCCUUCUCAUUCCUGUUGCAGGAGGAAGAGGCCACUCGGUGAAGCAGCAGGAAAGGGGCGACGCGCCUCAUAGCCUACGUAAUUACGAAGAAGAGACGGUGCACAUUUUAGAAAUGAAUUGUGUGGAGAAAGGGGGACACAAAAAGGAGCUCCAAUAUGAGCAAAGAAAUCAAGUGGAGAGACAAAACAGAAACCCCUUCCACUUGUCCCGCUUUGUCAAUCUGUACAGUCAGAUUAGGAGUAUCCACAACCAUGCGCGCGGAGGGAAGUAUCAAAAGGAAAAAAAGGAGAUCGAAGAAGUGAUCAUCCUAAGUAUUAAGAAAAUAAAUAAAAAAAGAAUCAGAGAUAAGGUAAAAAAAUUAAGUUCGUACAACAAUUCUAUCCUGUACAACAUUGGCGACAAGUUCAUUGAUGACAUGGACGAAUUAUUUCUCAUAAAAAAUUAUGCAAAAAUUUUAAAAAGCAUCAAACGAAAUGACAGCAUAAGGCAUAUUUAUUAUUUAUAUGAAAAUAUGUAUGCCAUAGAUAAAUUCGAUCAUAUUAAUGGGAGUAAUUUUUUUAAUAUUUCUCAUUUUAUUAUCGACAUUUUGUUGUUGGAAGAGAUAAAACAGAAGGAUUAUUUGAAGAAGAAAAUUCACAAAAUGAAGUACUCUUAUCAGAAUUAUUAUGCCAUUUAUGACGACACUCAUAGCGGGGCCCUUUUUAAGGACCUUCUCAGGCACCUUUUUAAUCCCCGCAUUAAGGACACCGUCAAGGGUGACCCUAAAACAUUGUCAAGACAUAUUAUGCGUACAAAGUACCCACAACAGAGCCUUAAUUCUUUGCCUCUCCUUUCUAAAGAUAAAAGAAAAGAGGCUGACUUGAAAGAACAGAAUGAUGCCUACAUUAACGUCAAAUUCAGUUCGACCACCACUGUUAAUAACAGCGAUACCAAUUCGUACACAAAUCAGAAGAAGGAGGAACUCCUGGUGGACAGAAUCAAUGAGAUGUUGCCUGGCGAACGACACAGAAGUGCGCAAGCAAGUGGCGCCGGGACGAACUCGUGUUUGUCUUUAAAGAACAAUGUCAGCGGCGUGGUCAAUGAGAGUGGCGCGAAUGAAGACGACGUGAAGGAGGGCCACGUGAAGAGUGGCACAAGCAACACGAGUGAUACGACAGAUAGGAAUAAACCAAUUUUUCUUGACUUCUUGAGCAUGUCGAGCCGUAGCCAGCAUGGCGAAUCCAGGGAUAGUAGCAUAAGCUACAUGACGCACACAUACAAGUGCGAAAUGGAAAAGAUGUACCUCGAAAUGGGUAAGGAAGACAGGGAAAUUUUGGACGUGGAAAAGUUUUACGAACACAUGAAUGUGUCAAGUGCGAGUAAUGACGAAGGUAGGGCCAAGGUGGAAGAGGUUGUCCUGAUGCUCUUUUAUUACUACUGUGAUGGGGGGGGUGGCGGCGACUCUAGCGUCAGUAGCGAUCUCAGGGACAGUGGUGAGCGCGCUGCUGAGUGCACCAUAAGAAGGGCCCUGUUUAAAAUAUUUUUCUUCUUCACAAGCAACGGCAUAAUUAAUAAAAAGAAUUUGCACGAGUACGUCACUUUUUUGCGGCUUUACCAUUUUUACCUGGCAAGUAUUAAGUGCGACCCCUUCAUCUACUUCUAUCACGACAUUGAAAAGGACUCCGAGAAAAUAGUGCACUCCAUGAAUGGGAAAAAUGUAAUGCACCAAGAUUUUACCACCCACUUCAUGUUGGAUAAUUAUCUAAAUGUGAUUCACUGCCAUUUGUACAUGCUGAAAUUGUUGCACAAGUCUUAUCUUAAUAAGUUGAAAAGGAAGCACUCAUACGAUAAAGUAAAUUUAGAAUCUAUGAUUAAUGACACUUUUAGUAUAUUAAAUUGCCUCCUAAUUAAGUACAGUUAUGAUGAAGAGGCUAGGGUGGUGAGACGGCGCGUGGUGUUUUUAUUUCUGCACUUCCUUUAUCUGAACUCGAAAUAUUAUUUUAGAAACGUAACUUUUUUUUUGCAUAAUUAUGACAUAAACUAUUUGGUUAAAAGCGAAACUGGCAAUUUUUGUAAAGUAAAUGCGGAUCUGGAGCGGAUGCACUCGAUUUAUGAGAAGCCGAGGAGGAGUGGACCAAAAGUGAACGGAGACAGGACGGGCGAAGCACAUCAAGGGCACAAAGAAAUGGGUGAAGAGAAUGUCAUGGAAGAAGAACUUCUCAGGAAACGACCAUACAAACAUGAGGAGCAGAAGGGACACCGACACAGUGGUCAAGCGAAUGAAAAACAGGGAGAUAUUCCUGGGGAGGAAGAGAAACAAAGUAGUAGUGAAGAGGAUGGCAUAUUGGAUAAUCAGGGAGAUGCUGAGGAAGAGGAACCACAAGAAAGAGGUCGAACAUGCAAAGAGUCAUUUGGAGAAAACAGAGAAAACCAAGGCAAUAAGAAGGAUCCAUUUGUGAAUGAGAAGGAAUGGCGAAACGAGUUAGUAUCGAAAAAAGGACAACCCAGAAAAAGAAAAAGUACAACCCACAAUUCAUCCAUGAGCAAUAUGAAGAAAUUUAAAAAUGUAUUUACAAAGUUGGAUCAAAAUAUUGACAUAGCCUUUUCUUCAUUUUUGAAAUGCUACCAUAAGUGCUUUUUUAUACUAAACUUGCAAUUACACGAAAAUGACAUGUUCAGAAGAAUUGUGUGGAAGAUCGCCCAGCGGAUUGUGGGAUACUGUAAUGAUCUUUACACCAUUUUAAAAAUAAAGAAAAUACCAAUAAGCAGCAGUUUCGAUUACGUGUUUGACGAAAUUAACCACAGUUUGUACAGUAAGAACAUCUUUUUGAAGCCUUCCUUUUUUAAGGUCCUAAGAGAAGAUAACUACGUUAGGAGGAUUUACAGUGUGUAUAAAAAUUAUAUAGGAAAGGGAUGGCGAAGACAAGUAGCUUGUCAUGGCAUUAGGGACGUAGACCAGAAUAACGUACUGAACAUACUAAUCAACUUUGCCAAGUUAAACAGAGGAGGGUACCAGAGGGAAAAGAUGAAUAAAGAAAAAAAACAAUUCAUCUUCCUGGUACACACGUACAGGUAUAUAAAGAAAUGCAUUUGCAAAGAACUGAAACAAAAUAGCAUCCUAAGUUUGUACAAAAAGGCGAAAGAUCGGGAUGAAAAUUUCAGCCAAAGCAUUGAUUAUCUCCAUUCCCUGUUUGACACAAGACUUUGCAUGUUGUCUCUUGAUUUCGAGCUGCAAAAUAUUAUUAUCGAAUUUUUAAAUCACUGCAUGGAGUUUAUCAAACAAUAUGACAAGGAACAGGACCCUCGCUUUGUCAUAAUCAACAAAAUGAUGAAUGUGUACAGCUGCGUUUUCUCUCUUUUUUAUUUGCGUCUGAAUUGCUUUUCGGAAUGUCACACAAAUAAAUUGUCCAAAAUUUUGGCGAUUCAGAAGAAUAUUUUUUCUUACGAUGAUCAGCCCAUUUGGCAUAUGCUGAACGUUUUCAAUUUUGUAAAUUUCCGAUAUGGGUGUUCCUACCGAUUUUUGAACACCAUUUUUACUUCUUUCCAUGUGCUCGUUAAUAUGUUGGUGAAAAUUGACGUCCACGUGGAGAUGGACAGGAAGCGCAUAAGGAGAGGGAGGUGUAAAUGGGGCACGCAGAUCAUCUCAGCGAGAAGCACAUAUAGGAAUGCCACGCGACUCCACAAUUAUGAACAAGUACAAAAAACCAUUGAGCGGGAAAAAAGGAAGAACGUGAGGAACAAAGGAGUGUUACAGUCAGUAGGCGGAGUGCGCUUUGGAAAAGGAAUCAUUUACAAAAUUGUAAAGGAGGUGAAGAAAAAAGUUGCCGUAAGUGGGAAACUCAAAAUAAAAAAUAGCAUUUUGGAAAACAUAAUUGGGAAGAGGAUGAAUCGAUAUUUUGUCAACCCUUUGGGGGGGGAAAUUGGCAUGAACAAAUUGGAACGCCGAAUGGGUGAAAUGUGUAACGGAAAGGGGACGAAAGGAGUAGGGAUCGUGUUGGGCAGUACGUUCAGCAGCUCGUUCGGCGGCACGUUCAGUUGGGAGGAGAAGGGUCACCGCGGGGGGUACUCUUCGGAUCCCCUCUCAGCAAUUCACGCCGAGUCGCAGGUAGAAACCAUCGCCGCCGCCGACAGGUGCGCAUCGAGUAAGAGCAAAAUCGUUAUGAAGGCCAUGGGGGGGAAGUUUCAGAUGAGCCAAUUCAAGCACGGCAGCCCAAAGCAACGCAUUUUACAGAGCUAUGGAAAAUUAAAAAAAAUAAAAAAAAAAUUGAAGAGAAAAAUAAACAAUCUGUGCUAUUUUAAAUACAUUUCCGUGAUAAACAAGAGUCAGAAUAAGAUUUACACGACGAUCAGUCGAACCUAUGCGCAUAUUAUCUUCAUACUUAUAUCAAUUUUGCACAUCGAAAAUUACAACAUUUUGCAUUUAAAAAAGAACCAAGAUUUUUUCAUGAACAACGAUAUAUACAACACGUACUAUCUAUUUUUGCACAUCUCGAGCAGCAUCAUUUUGCUACUUUCGUCCGUGUUGAAAACAUACUUGCAUUUUAAUCCCACUGUGAGGCUAGAUAAAAGAGAAUUUAUUAGGCCAAAGCUAGGUCAGACGAAAGGUAUGAUUGGUAUCGCGAAGCGUGGUAAGAGCGUACCAUGUGUCAGGGAUGAACAUGGUAUGCACAUCGGAAUGGCAAAUAAAGAAGGGGAUCACCGCCCGAGGCAGCACCAUUUAUCAGAAGACAGAUCAGCCAGCAAAAAGUGUAGAAGUGCUAGUAUAGGAAAUCACACAAGUGGCCAUAACGUUGGGAAGUUCCGCAUCGGCCAAAAGGAAAAGGAAAGCACCAGAGGGUACCAAAUUUAUCUGCAAACUCUGCUGAAGUUCAGCUCCAUGAACGUUCUAUUAAUGUCCAAAAAGAAACUCAAUAAGAGGAACAAAAUGAAGAAGAACAAGUACAUAUUUAUAUUUUGCAAUUUAAUGGAAAAUUUAUUACAAAAUAGUAUGUUCUUUGUGGACCUUUUUAACAACUGCAAAAAUAGGAACGUACUAGAAAUGAACGACGUAUUUUCGAAGCUAACGAAGCUGUGCAAGGAGAAUAACAUAAUGGAUGACUUCGCGCAAAUUAAGAAGGAACUGAUUUAUCAUACCCUAUUUAAGUACAUUCUUCCAGAGGAAUAUAUUAACCAUUUUAACAUGGACAAAAAUGAACUGUACAACACGAACAAGUGUUCCUUGAAUUUAUUUUAUUUCUCUUUGAACAUUUUGCUAACGAAUUUUAACACGGACAUUUCGAUCCAUUUAGAAAGGAGUCUACUCAACAUUCACCAUUUUAAUCACGACAAUUUGUAUUAUGAAUUCAUUUUAAAUAAUGUCAAGAGGACGAUUCGUUACAUUAGAGAGAGUUCCAAAUCGUCUUUUAACUGUAUCGUUGCCUGUGUGCUGUACUACUUGUCCAGGUGGAAGAAGGGAGGCGGGAAAAUACUAAAGGGAAAAAACAGUGAGGAGAAAAAUAUCCUCUUCAGGAGAAACAUCUCCAAUCAGAGGUUUUCCUCUUCCUACAGCAUGGAAGAGGUAAAGGGAGGCCUCUUUUUUAACUUGUUCUCCAAGGAAGAAUGCACAAAUGAUACUGUGCUGAGGGGAAGUGUUACUAAUAACUGGAAGGACAAGGGCGAUAGCCACCCCAAGUAUUGUAUUCACCCGGGUGAGGAUUCCUAUGGCAUUUUUCAGACACAUGAAAGGAUACCCCCCAGGAAUGAUAAACCUGUUCGAAAACUAGUUGGAAAACAUCUUGACAGACAUAUUAGCAAACAUGUUGGAAAACCUCUUGAGAAACUUCUUGAAGGACAUCUUGAAAAACAGAUCACCCACUUGAAGGCGCACCGAAGGAACGAAAGAAAAAUUCUCAGCAAACUUGUAUACGACAUCAUAAGCCCCUAUCUAGACAUAAAACACAUUAAUGUGUAUAACAAAAUCUACCGAAACCACCACGGCAUUAAUAGCCUUAUUAACAUUUGCUUCUCCUUCUUGUUUAACAGUUUCCUAUUUUUGAAGCCUGUCUAUCCCUUCGACAUAUUUUCAAAGGAGAAGAGUGAAAACGAAUCAUGCGGAAAGAAAAUAAGAACAACAAAUUACACGCUUGACAUAUUUAGCAUGAAAAUGAGUGACAUAAAGGCGGUGGAAUUGUUCCUCUCGCUGUACAUUCACAAGUACAUGCAGAGCAUAUGCCUAGAUGUGAAGAAGUUGGUUGAUUAUAACACCUAUAUGAACCAGUUUUUUUGGGUAUCCAACGGGAGGAGUGUCAGUGUCGCUUUACCCAGAAGUGACUACGCGUAUUUGAACUACGCCGCGCGCAAUGUGUACUACACGUUUAACGACUACAACGUUCUGCAGUUUUUGAUAAAUUUUAAGAGGUCCAAAAGCGAGGGCAAGGAGUUCAUGAUGUCCUUCGUGAAAGUGUUCGAACGGAUGAUCUCCCUGGACGAUGAGAUAAGCGCAUAUUACACGGACCCCCUGACGUAUAACGUCUACUUGGAUUAUCUGAACGACCUGUUCCUGAAUGACGACUACUACUAUGUCUGCUUUUAUGAGUACAUAAAGAAUGUGUACCUGGAGUACUACGAGGGGGAGUUCGAAAUUGAGAACUUGGAUUGUUACAUAAAAGAGAUUAAUGAGAUAAACCCGUACAAGAUAAAAAAAGAAAUGAAGAGAAAGUUUGAUGAAUACGUGGAGAAAAAUUAUCUACUUUUGACCGUAAGGAGGAGCAGGAGAAGUAGAAGCGGAAUAAGAGGAAAAAGAAGAAAAAUUACGUCCUGCGAUAAUCAGACAGAGCAAGCUGGUAAAGGCAUAGGAGAGAUGAAGAAAUUAAUCGGCACAGGUGAGGAAAAAAUCAGAAUUGUUCUGAACAAUAACCCGUACCACUUCAAAAACGUGUACAGGGCGUACAGAAACCGGCUAUUCAGCCUUCUAAACAAAAAAAACAUUAACUACCUGGAACUAAUAAAAGUGCUAAAUAAAAAGCAGUACCAUCAUUUUAGCAACAUGUUCUAUUCCUCGUUCAUUCACAUUCUGAGCGAAGUAAAGUAUGAUUACAAUAAACAAUACAAUUUUAAUAUAUCAAAAAUUAUGGACAAAUUAAACAUUGGAUUGAAGGCCUCCUUCUAUAACAACAAAAAUGUACUUCUGUACUACUACACAUUUCAGCAAUAUUUUCAUUUGUACAAAUUUUUAGAAGAUAAAUACUUUUCUGAAUUUCUCCUCCCAGAAUAUAUAUUAUUAAAUAUUACCUCCAAAUCUGUUAAUAAUGUCUUGUACAAUACAAAAUUGUACCGAAUUUAUUCCUUUUUGAAAUUUUUGUACCUCCGAAAUGUGCUGAAACAUACGGACAUUUUGUUGAAUUUUUUGCUUUACGUUUAUUAUAAAUAUUUCCUUUAUCAUUAUAGAGGGAAAGAUGAAUUUUCUCAUCAUUUUAUUGAUUUAUUCUUGAGCAUUCAUGAGGAAUCAUAUAAUAACAGCUUGCUCGUUACGGAGCUUAAGGCUACUGACAGGUGUUUGGAGAACAGCCUACUAAACAGAGGCAGCCUUCUCUCCAAAUAUCCACUGCUAGGGGAAAUCCCCGUUUCCGCCGCAGUCCAAGGGGGAUCACCUGGAGAGGGGAUAGGCACCGAAGCGGAAGAACGUGACGGGACAAAUGACGAAAUAAUUGCACCAGACGGAAAGUACAACGAUGAGAAUCACACACUUAAGGGGACUAGCCAAACACAGAGCGCAUACCAAGAGAUUAAUAACUACCACCUGGUGUUGUCAAAUUCGCAAAACAGAUUUAUACAUCUUUUAUUUUUUAAAAUAUUAACCAAUUGUGUCAAGUCCAAAAUUAACAUCCUAAAUGCGAAGAAUCUCUUCAACAAUCUGAACUUUUUCAUUUCUUCCUACGUUAAGUACUCUCUCUUUUACACAUUUGAAGAAAGAAAUAAAGCCUUCCUGGAUUCCCUAAGACAUAAGUAUUCCUUUUAUAAUUUCCACGCGGUGAAGAAAAAUUUGAAAUUGUGUGUUUACUUAAAAAAUGUCUACCUGAAGCGGGACCUUUUUAACAGCGACAUCUUGUCCUUCCUCAACAUAGAGUGUACCGUGAAGAGGCCUCAUUCUAGCGGGGAGCUGUCCAAAAAAACAAAAAAAGAAAGAUAUGCCAACUUUGGUGCACCCCAAUCGAUGAACAAACAAUUCGGUACCUCCCAAAUUUUGGAGCAUGUCCGUGAAGGGGAACAACACUCGCCAGAGUCGCUACUGAGGUGUGGCGGCUUGCCGUGCCGGAACGACGAAACUUCCAAUAGAAAAAGAACAAUCGGUGAAAAAGAGAAGCAUUUACACGGUGUUAAAGGGAGAAGUAAAAACGAAAUGAAUAAGAAGAAGAAGUUACUCUCCGGGGAGGCACGCUCAAUGCGGGGAGAUGUAGAAGCUAAUCGGGAGGAACCCCCCAGGGGCAAUCAUGUAGCGGGAAUUUUGAAAAACGGGGAAAACCAAAUUGUUGGUGCGAAAACCAUAAGGGUAAAAAGGGAGGUCGAGGAAAACUACGCAAAUGUGGAAAGAACCAACCAGGUAGCUCCCUUCCAAAGUGAAAAAAAGAAAAAGAAACAGGAGGACCAAAAGAGCAAUCCCCGUGAAGGGCAAGGCCCCCAUGACCAAAUCUUCCCCUUGAACAGCUUGAAAGACGCGAAAAAGGGAUCCCACACGAGGGAAGACAUCCAUGGGAACCAAAUUAAAGUAAAAAAAGAAGAACUGAGCGAUGGAAAUGAUACCAAGGUGUCCAUAAAUUCGCUAACCAAAGCAGAUGUGUUGCGAAAAGAGUUUUUUAAAAAAAGAAAUAGCAAAAAGAUUUCAAAAAAGUACUACAUCAAUAUCUUAAAGUUUUACUUAGCAAAUAGGGCGCAAGGGUAUUCUCUAAAUUAUGCCGAAUGCCAGAAGCUGGAGGACAAAUCGAUUUACUUGGUAUCAUUAUUUUUAGGAAAAAUUUUUCAAUUCCUUUUUAAUUCACUAUUAUGGCAAAGCUGCCGUCAGAGCGGUGAAGAUAAAAAUGACAAUAAAAGAGAACGCGACAUGGUGGCCGACAUGAUGGAUGCGUCCGAAUGGCCCGCCAGCUCCUAUACAUAUGAGCGUCUUCUUCUGUACUUUAUGCUAAUUACCAUGUGUCAUUACGCGGAUAGCCUAAUAUUUCUGAGCCUUCACUUUUUGGACCUUCACCAAAUCGGUUCCAGGCAAAGCUUCACACUACAGGAUAACUCCCAGGAAAGCAGUUCUCAGAAGAGCACCUUGCAGAAACCCUACUCCGCGAAUCACGAGAACGCGGCUUUGUCCCCCAAGGAAGAACUGAACAGGUAUAAUCUGACCGGUGAACAAGAAAGGAACAAACCAGGGGAAUGGAACCAAGAGGGGAACAGAAAUCAAAACGAAACUUACGAUAGUCAUAUGAAGAAGCUAAAUUAUUGUGAGAAGUUACGAGUUGAUAGAACCCCCAGAAAACAGCAAUACAGUAGUAACAACAAACAAAAUGGCUGUGAAAACCAUUUCGAGAAGCAAAAUUUGAUUUUGAAACCGUCGCUCACCAGCACGAGCAGUUAUUAUAUGUGCAGAAAUGAGGCAAUCUACAUUAUGAAUGGAGAUAAGGAAAGCACACAAAUGAUCAUUCCCUUGUAUAAAUUGUUGGUCACUCGAUUGAAAAUUUGCUUGUAUUAUCCACGGUACUUUUUCCUGGCUUCACUUUUUAGUUACAAAUAUGACACAAGGUUGUCGGAUGAUUUGCUUGACCAUGUGAAGGAUCUAAAUUUAAGUGAAGGUGUUAAAUAUUACACGUAUGAUGUGAAUAAUAAUGACAAAGGUUAUGUUUCUACACCUGAUGGGGACUGCAAUGGAGAUGUUGCGAAAAGCUGCAGCAUGGUCGAGGAACUGAACACUGGCGAACAGGCUGUUCAUUUGGGUGAUCACUCCCCGAGUGGCAUAAACCGUGAUGAGAGUAACGACGAAGGGAAUGAAGCAAACGAAGCAAACGAAACAAACGAAACAAACGAAGCAAACCUUUCAAGGAAGAUCAGUGACCCCCUCGACGAGGCCGACAUGUUAGAACAUAACUCCAAGAACAACUCAGGGACAUAUAAUGGACAUGCAAAAAAUGUCACCCUCGCGUUUAGGAAGAAAAAACAAAAUUUCUACAUGUGUGUGAAUUAUUACACCGAUUAUCACGAAAAUGGAAACUCGAAUAACUGCAGUUUUCCAUCGCUUCACACUUCAUCCAACAGCAUGGAAUAUGAGGAUGAAAAAAUCGAUAUGGAGCUGGCCGAAGGGGGACGAAAUGGAAGAAAACACGUUAAGCAGAACAGCGUUCGAAAGGAUGUCACGGGUGAGGUGACGAAACAGGAGCAGCGGGACCAUGUGGGAAUUACUCCUUCGCAUGACACCUAUGAAAGAGAGCUGGACGAGAAAGACAUGAACCAAUUCAAUUACGAUGUACACAAAUUAAAGGUGGUAAUAAAAAACAUCGAAAUUAGGUACGAAGAUGUCCUUAACGAUAUAGUCGAAGGGUUAAAUUUCAUUGCGGAGAAUAAAAACUGCGGAAAUUACAACUCACAAGCAGCGUACCAUCUAUGCAUCUACUAUUUUAUGAGAAAGAAUUACACAAAAUGUAUUCAUUACAUGAAAUUUUUCAUCAACAAGGGGAAUUUUAAAAUUUGGCAAAAUGAUUCCUUCAAUCAGGACUACUACUGCUUGUAUUGCAAAAGAGUCCAAAGGAGUGAAUUUAUCUUCAUCAAAUAUUUCACCAUUGUUCUAGAAGUUAGUAAGAACGUUUUGAAGAAUGUCCUAAGUAAUAUUUACGAAGAAAUGUUGCGUGAAAAUGGGAAUGUGGCGGGGGGGAAGCGGUUCACAGGCCGGAAUUCUCCCUUCGUAGAUGGACCACACCACGCGGAUGAUGCAUUCCGCACGGAUGACUUCCCCUGUGCCCAUUUGGGAAAAUUCCUAGUAGAUGAAAAAGUUUUAGAUAUAUUUAAGGAAGGAAAGAAAGAAGAGGCACCGUUUGAGACGCCAGUCAAGAGCGCGGACAAAAGAAAGACGAAUGAACACAAAACGGAUGAAAGUAAAACGGAAGAAAGCAAAACGGAAGAAAGCAAAACGGAUGAAAGCAAAACGGAUGAAAGUAAAACGGAUGAACCCAAAACGGAAGAAAGCAAAACGGAUGAACCCAAAACGGAAGAAAGCAAAACGGAUGAACCCAAAACGGAAGAAAGCAAAACGGAUGAAAGCAAAACGGAUGAAAGCAAAACGGAUGAACCCAAAACGGAAGAAAGCAAAACGGAUGAACCCAAAACGGAAGAAAGCAAAACGGAUGAACCCAAAACGGAAGAAAGCAAAACGGAUGAACCCAAAACGGAAGAAAGCAAAACGGAUGAACCCAAAACGGAAGAAAGCAAAACGGAUGAACCCAAAACGGAAGAAAGCAAAACGGAUGAACCCAAAACGGAAGAAAGCAAAACGGAUGGACGCAACACAAAAGAGACGGAAGAAAUCAAUGUAAAUGAAUGUAAGAGCUCCCUCAAUAAGGAAAACGCGAACGAUAAGGAGAGGCCCAUCCUGAAUGACAUCAAAAGUGACAUAAAUGACCCAGAUGAGGUGGCAGAAACGGCAGAAGCAGUAAAAGCGGAAGAAGCGGCAAAAGCGGUAGAGGCGGGUAAUAGUAUGCCCAACGAUAAGGAGAACAAAUUGGAAGAAAUCGAAAAUAAGUGGAUAUAUCUAGGGUACGACCAUUUGGACCACUUAAACGAAAUUUACGACAUAUUGAAGAUCCUGUUCGAAAUUUACGUAUACAUAGGUAAGACAAUUAAAAGGUUUAACGACUACAAGGUGUUGGAAGAAGCAACCGUCGUAUAUGGCAGCAACAUUUCAGUAAUUAAUGUUCUUUUCAAAAUUAUUACCGAACAUAUAUGUUUCAUUUUCGAGGUGCUGUGUUAUUUUACUCCACACAUUUUGGUUCAUCCAAUCAUUUUGUUAUUCGCCAGUAAUGCGAUGAUGACUUCUACCGUCUCAGGGGGAAGUUCUGAGAAGGUGACGGAAACUCCUUCUAGGAGUAGCACCCCGGUUAGCAGAAAAUAUACGUAUUUAAAACGAGCCUCAAAUAAUGAAGAGUUAAUAUGCAACCGUUCAAGUGCUUCGCUAGACUUGAGAAUAUUUAAGCUGUUCAGAGAAUUCCUAGCAAAUAAAUCUGCCACUAUGCCAACCAGCCAAUCCACAAGGAUGCACAGCGUCUUUCAGAUGACGUGUAAAAAGGUCAUGUAUUACCAAAAGAGCGAAAAGGACAUAAUUAAAAACUUAAGUGCGUACAACAAGAAGGGGAACAAAAAAAAGAGGGAAGGUGUAAUCAAAUUUGUGGACAACGCCCUUAACAAGGGAAAUAAAACAAACUUGUCAGAAUUUUUAAAUUUAUUUAAGAAUGAAAAAUUGUUAAACUGUACCAACUAUUUGAACUGUGAAAAUAUUAAAUUUUUAACGAGAAAAUUGAGUUAUAACUCAAGCUGUAAGGAUAUCAAUAAACGUACACAGCUAAUUCAUUUGGAUAAUAACAGUGUCGAGAAGGCAACCCCUCAGGUAGAUAAGGAAAAUACCAUCUGCACUGCCAAUGAUAUGGGGAAUGACCUUCCAGCUGAAGUUAACACGUCCGUGAAGAGUAACAACGAUUCUAUGGAUGAAUACAGAAGCAGAGAAUGGGUCCUUUAUCAUAUAAAAUUAGCCAGCGGUAAGCAUAUUUUCCUGUACGACGAUUAUGAUAUCUUUAAUAAUAUUAAAACAAAAACUGAGGCAUUAAAUUGCGUUAACUCUAUGUUAUCCGAUAAAAAUUCUGCCACCAAAAAGGGAGAAACGUCUAACCAAAAGAAGCGCAAGUCCACUGAUUCGACUAUGACGGAUGUGAGGAACUCCGUACGUGAUCGAGACUUAAGGCGGCUGAAUAGGGAAAGAAGCAAAGUUGUGUAG